AUGUCUCAAUCUGAUUCUUUUCCCGCAAUAUCUAAUCAAAUUCAAAAUCUCGAACAGUUUCAUUCAAAACUAAAACUUCAAUCUCUUGAGAUCAUUAACCAAAUUUUUCCUUGUAAAAUUCUAGAAUUAAAUAAUUUGUUGCAAUACCAAUCAGAUGGUUCCAUAACUAAUCCCAAACCUUCUUUGAUUCAAAAUGAUAAUAAUGAUGUAAAAUCAUCUCGUAAACGACGCAGAAAUGAGAUCAAUGACGAUUCCACUCAAACUGAUGAAAUCGUAAAAGACGCUGAAAGUGUCUCGUGCAAGGCUAUUUCUAUGAAAAAUAGUGAUGAUGUUGAUAAUAACGAUAACAUGGCAUGUUUGAAUAAUGGAAAAGAUUAUUUUCGUAUAAAGGAGUUGCAUAAAAUUCUUGAAUAUGAAGUUGCUUGUUUCGCUGGAUAUUGUUGUAAAUUGAGGGCUUGGGUUACGCUUAAAUAUCCAAGAAUUGGUACUGAAGAAAACCCAAAAAUUUCUGCACAAGAAGACAUAACAGCUGAAUUAUCGCGAGUUGAAGAUAGUUCGUUUUUAUUCUUAGACAGUAUUACAAGAUAUUACAUCGCUCGCGCCAAAUUAUGCAA